GCACUCGGGCACAGGGCCACGCCAGUCGAAUCCUCGCAACUUGCCCGGACGAGGCCCUUGCUGCUGAGCGUGCCGCGUCGCCGAGAACGACUCCUCGCAGAGCUCGCGCACUCCGAGGCGAAGGACCAGCUGGCCGAUUGCCAACUCGCGCCCUCUCGCAAAGAACGCCUCGAACGCAGCCGGCGUCAGCAGGCACGCCUCGCGGUCGCCGCUGAACGUGGCAACGACGGCCCCGCACCGAGGCAGAACCCUCUGGACGGCCGCGUCCAUGGUUUCGAAGUUGGGCUGCCCCCCGAACCUGACGCGAUUGAUCUGGCUUCCACAGACGAUCUUGAGAACGCAAGCCAUGGUGGGCGGUGGCUGCUUUUCGCUUGGAGGGGACGCCCGUACCCUGUGGACAGGGAAAACGAAGGCCUUGGCCUGCUGCCGAGGCGAAAGAGCCAGAUGGCACCGACGAGCAGACGCCGUGGGGUGGAGAGGGGUGGCCCAUGCCGAGCGAGCGAUGAGGAGGCGGAGGAGGAGGAGGAGGAGAAGGACGACGGGUUGGCGGACAAACAAAACACGUGUGCGUGUCCGCGCCGCAUGGUGGCACCAUCUGGAUGCCGCUCGGGACGCCGUCCCACGUCUGCAUGUGCAAGAGCAGAACAUUUAACAGACUGGUACUUGAACGUCACUGAUAUAAGAGAGGAGGGGGGAAAGAAGGAAGCUGCGCAGUAGACCCUAGAUGGUCAGGGCAACCCUUUCCAUCAGACAGGCCACGGGACAGGGGGAGUCUACGAUGCUAUGGCUGGGCAUGGUGGGUGCCGACCGCCCCAAAGACAAAAUGCGACGGCGCAAAAUCGAUUCGCUGGAGGAGAAGCACCGCGCACCUGCUCACCGAGAUCGCCGAGAGGAGAGGCCCGGAUCGGCGGCGAGCUCGCCCCGCCGGCCCGCGGUCGCAGGUGCCACCCCCCCCCUCGCUGCCCUCCACCACUCCAGCCGUCCCGCAUGCUCGUCCUGCAUGUACGCCCGGGGUGCCAAAGGCAGACGCCUGCGCACGACGGGGCAGGUUGGCUGUCCACGCAACGCCUCGAUCUACAGGACCUGGAACGGCGGCCGCAGCGUUGAUCGCAGACGUGCAGGGCUGCCAAAUUCGUCACCGCGCCCCCCCGGCACGCUGAGGCAUGGAAGAAUGCCAAUGAAGGGGCCCCAGGACACACAAAUUCAUACCUGGCCCCUCUAAAAGAGUGUAGGUGAAGUUACCACACACAAAAAUAUGAGGAUGUACUUGCUUGCCCACUUUGGGCAAGCAAGCAAAAUGCUCACCCGAAACGCACAUGGGCACAGAGCCACUACCACGUGGCGUCGCGGUACUUACUGUGACCCGCAUUCGCCCUGCUACAGCGUCGGAAGGGCCUCAUCCCCAGCUGCUUCGCAGGCGUGCCUCAUGGGCGCCCUCUCUUCCUCUGAGAGGGGGCGGGAAGGGGGAGGGAGAGGGAGGAGAAGGGCUGACGCACUGUGCACUGCACAGCGUCGUCACCUGGCGUUCUGGCCAUACGGCCAAGAGAGGGGAGCCGUCUGCGGAAGAGCGUGUUGCUAAGCGGGCGGGCGCUGGCCCGCUGAAGCACGGCGGCAUUCGAGCGGAAAACAUUCCACUACCCUACCCCCAACAAAAAUGCGGGAACGGCCAGCGGCACGCCAGUGCACUGGACUUAAAUUAUGCUGGAUGCUGACUUCUUCCACCGAACGGGACGGCAGCGCAUGACCCCCGAGGCUACUAAGCCUCCGAGAUGCAGCUUGAUCGCAGCUUGAUCGCACGUGCAAACUUGGAAACUACAUACCCGCAGCGCGCAUACUGAAAACCACCUUCUGUUCAAGGUAUGAUUUGACCCGCACUGCAUGAAGGCUACUAGUGCACCUCGAGCGCCGAGAGUACCAAACUUGCUUCUGUGCGUUGCUCAUAUGACCCCCCCCC